AUGCCGGACCAAGUUACGUGCAAAGCUUUCCCGCAAACACUGACUAAUGCUGCUAGGGAUUGGUUUUCAACAUUGAAGCCCAACUCUAUAGCCUCAUUCUCAGAUUUGGCCGAUAAGUUCUCAACCUUCUUUGCAAGUAGCAAGCGUAUCAGAAAGAUUGCGAGCCCUCUCAUGCAACCUCUCCAGGGACCAAAUGAAACCGUACUAGGUUUUAUGACGAGGUUUAACAAGGAAAGACUCCAAAUACCAGACCUUCACAUUACAGCGGCAAUUUUCGCCUUCACCUGUGCCAUAAAGUGUGAAGCCUUCAAAAUGACCCUGUCAAAGACCCCGCCACAGACAGUGACUGAGCUCCUUACCCGAGCUGAAAAAUACAUUAAUAUGAAGGAAAUGCUGAAUCCAAGGAGAGCUAGUCCUUCUCAUGAAAAGGCUGAGAACAGGAGGGAACAUGAUCUCAUCUUCCGGCUAGAACAUCCUUGGGAUAAGCGUAAGAAUGAAGGGCCGCCAAGGCCCCUUACCUGGUUGAACACCUCGAAGGAAAACAUCUUAAUGGAGAUCAAGGAUAUGAAAAGUUGA